CCAGCCGAUUCCUCCAGUACUACUAAUUACCUGCCUCCCUGCCGCUACUUGGGUAUAAAAGGUCUUACCAUCACCGAGAAGGUUAGUUUCACUGGAGACUUUGCACUUGACGUGACCUGGCCUUAGAUUGGAGUCUAAAGUUUAGUGGAAGAAUAUUGUUUCUAUCUGUUGCCUUGGAUUCGUGAUGAUUGACAAGGCCACGAAUUGUGCGGAACCCUAUCGCCCGUGGGUAGUGAGCGCCCGCCCUCCCUCACGCCCUGCAUUAGUGACACCGGUCACUAUCGGAGCCUGCAGGACGUUCCAAGAUGAGAGUCCAGGCGAUCGCUCUCGAAGCCCCGCGCCAGCGACUCCUACACCAAGUUACGUCGUCCCCCACACACAGGAUACCACCGUUGUUGAAAUGAAGAAGUCAGGAAGCUGUGUUGACUCAGAGUACAAUCACUAUAGGAUGACCCCGUCGAAUAUCUUGACGCCGGUAACCUUGACAGAUCAGAGAAGGUCAGAGGCAGUAAAUACAAACCACCUUUCGAAGAAUGAAAGCUCUGACGUCCGGCCGUGGAAUAUGUCGCUGAAACCGCCCUCUUCGUCGGAGCUUCUACGACGGCGGCGCCGACAGGCAGCCAACGCCCGCGAGCGGAAGAGGAUGACGGGCCUCAACGUGGCCUUCGACCGUCUUCGUGCGACAUUACCGCGGGCGUCGCAUCGCCUCUCCAAGCAUGACACUCUCCAGAUGGCUCUCUCCUACAUCGCAGAACUCUGCCAUCUGCUGCAUUGAUAGUAUUUUGUCUAUUGCGGUAUUCGUGACACUUGCACUAAACCGUUUAUUGUUUGCUUCAAUAGCAUGAAUGGCAGUGUGCCAUUGGCAGCAAAUGCAGUAAAUGUAUUUUCUUAUAUCUUUUAUAUCAAAUGACGUGACAUCAGCUGAUUCUUUAUAUUGUAAAUGUUUUAGUGUUGAUUACUUUAAAAUCACAUCAUAUUGAUAAUACUGCCUACACUCUGUAAAAUUAUAGCAUUUACAAAUGUUUGCUGCAGUUUCGAAAGUGCUGUAAAAUUUACCGAAGUUGACGUGUGGGAACUAAUCAACUCAUUCAUGGACUGCAAUGUUGAAUUACUAACUACUCGUUUAUCUUUACUAUUGCACUUUGUCUACUAUGUUAAGCACCUUCUAAUAUAAUAUUCUUUUUGUGUGUAAUCUAAGUAUUUGACAAGCAUACUGUCUUCUCUAGUCAUAUUAAGUCAUUUUUGAAGCAUGUAUUUCUAUUCUGUACAUAUGUUCAAGAAAUACAUGAUCCAGAGAGGCAAAUAAAACAUUGUUUUAAUGGAUUUCUUCGUUUCAAAUAAAAUCUGUCACAUAUAUACUGUAUGUAUAAGCAAAUAUAUAACCUUCAGAUCCAAGAUAUUUUCUUUUUCUUGAAAGUCAACAAAAGAGGAUCAUCAAACUUUCAUUAUUUCUACCAAUAAUUUUUGUGUAACAAUAAUCACUGCCUCCCAAUCUGCUGCACAUUUAUAAGUGUAACACAAAUGAUAGUCACGACAAGUUAUUCAAUCAAAAUUAAAGAAAAAAGUUAUUAUUUUGAGAAAAGAAUAUAUUCAAUACCACUUCCUUGUGUACAUUUAUUUUUUAAUUCAAAUAUAUCAUACAAGUUACUGUAACCUCUGUAGUAAGGAUCCUUUACAUGAUGAAAAUACAUUUGGCUGUAUUCUUGUUUCAAGGAUCUAUAAAUCAUAAUAAAAAUACAAAUAAUACAUCAAUAAUACCUAAAACAUAUCAAUAAAUAAUUCUGAUCUAGAAUAACGGCAAGACAAACUAAAUGUAAAUUAAAAAAAAUACAUUCUGAAAGAACAACAAAAAAUAUAGAUAACGGUGCCUACUGCACAGUAUGACAAUUCUUACUCAAUUCUUAUGCAAUUGA